AUGAGAACCGAAAGGAAUCAUUACAACACCGACGCCGAGGGAGUCCUUUCAACACCAUCGCCGAGGGAGUCCCUACAAUACCGUCGCCGAGGGAGUCCCUACAACACCGACGCCGAGGGAGUCCCUACAACACCGACGCCGAGGGAGUCCCUACAACACCGACGCCGAGGGAGUCCCUACAACACCGACGCCGAGAGAGUCCCUACAAUACCGACGCCGAGGGAGUCCCUACAACACCGACGCCGAGGGAGUCCCUACAACACCGACGCCGAGGGAGGCCCUACAACACCAACGCUGAGGGAGUCCCUACAACACAGACGUCGAGGGAGUCCCUACAACACCAACGCUGAGGGAGUCCCUACAACACCGUCGCCGAGGGAGUCCCUACUACACCGACGCCGAGGGAGUUCCUACAACACCGACGCCGAGGGAGUCCCCAUAACACCGACGUCAAGGGAGUCCCUACAACACCGAUGUCAAGGGAGUCCCUACAACACCGACGUCAAGGGAGUCCCUACAACACCGACGUCAAGGGAGUCCCCACAACACCGACGUCAAGGGUGUCCCUACAACACCGACGUCAAGGGAGUCCCUACAACACCGACGUCAAGGGUGUCCCUACAACACCGACGUCAAGGGUAUCCCUACAACACCGACGUCAAGGGAGUCCCUACAACACCGACGUCAAGGGAGUCACUACAACACCGACGUCAAGGGAGUCCCCACAACACCGACGUCAAGGGAGUCCCCACAACACCGACGUCAAGGGUGUCCCUACAACACCGACGUCAAGGGAGUCCCUACAACACCGACGUCAAGGGAGUCCCUACAACACCGACGUCAAGGGAGUCCCCACAACACCGACGUCAAGGGUAUCCCUACAACACCGACGUCAAGGGAGUCACUACAACACCGACAUCAAGGGUGUCCCUACAAUACCGACGUCAAGGGAGUCCCUACAACACCGACGUCAAGGGAGUCACUACAACACCGACAUCAAGGGUGUCCCUACAAUACCGACGUCAAGGGAGUCCCUACAACACCGACGUCAAGGGAGUCACUACAACACCGACAUCAAGGGUGUCCCUACAAUACCGACGUCAAGGGAGUCCCUACAACACCGACGUCAAGGGAGUCCCCACAACACCGACAUCAAGGGUGUCCCUACAAUACCGACGUCAAGGGAGUCCCUACAACACCGACGUCAAGGGAGUCACCACAACACCGACAUCAAGGGUGUCCCUACAAUACCGACGUCAAGGGAGUCCCUACAACACCGACGUCAAGGGAGUCCCCACAACACCGACAUCAAGGGUGUCCCUACAAUACCGACGUCAAGGGAGUCCCCACAACACCGACGUCAAGGGAGUCCCUACAACUACUGACGCCUGGAAAUAUUAA